AUGGGAAAUUGUGUUUCGCACUAUGUACGUCUUCACCCAUUAGCUGAUGUGACCUUCCAAAAAACCUCAGCUAUCCCUGCUUCCGAAUGUUAUUACGAGCACAAGUUCUCCCGGUCGAAUGAUUCCACAGCCAAGCACCCCGUGCAAAACUCGUCUUACGGUAUCGGGGAUGACCUGAGACUUGUCACCUCUCCUGCCUUUAACUCGUCUUCAAUGCCAUCCACCCCUGGAACUCCAAAUUUUCUUUCCUUUCAAAAUUAUCCAUUUCUCCCCGGGGUUGCUUCGCAAGCGACGAGUUUAACCAACCGACCAAGGACCCUUAAAUUCACUCCCAAAAGUGGUGGCGUCGGUACCCGUCUGAUCGUUCACAUUUACAUCGAGCUUCCCGGGUCAAAUUAUGUUUUGAGCAUGGCGUUCGGCGAUAUGAUGGUUGAGACGCAACAGGUUGCUAUGCCGGAUUCUUGUUACGAACUUGUGGCCAUCGUUCCAAGUCAGGAAGACGUCAAGAGCGCCAACAGAACUAAAGUUCCUGUAAAUGUAAUGAUUUGUAAUGAAUUUAACAUUCCAAUCGAUAAAUGGCAUCUCGGAGAUUUUGUCUUUAAAGGUGUGGAUUAUGAUCUGCCGUGGAUAAUACCGUCGGUUGAUUUCGUUGAUAAAUCUGUCAAUGACCCGAAUCUUGACGUGCGAAAAAAUCACGUGAACAAAGCUCCCCACAGGCACCUCUCGAAGAAAAGCGGAUUAUAUCACCCAUAUGUAGUUGAUUGUGAACCAACGCCGCCCAUCUCAAAGGUAUCCUCUCCAUUGAACGAAAACGAUGCUGACGCUUACAUCGUUCAAUCACAAGCGUUCGACUCUUAUUCCUACGAUGACUCCGUGCGAGAAACUCCAACUUUCUCCGCGCAGAAUUAUCGUGUCGACACGCUCACACCUAUGCAAAGUGACACCACAGUGUCAGUAUAUUCUUCAGCCUGUUCAACCCCUUCCUCAAUGACCGAUUCAGAUGAUUCUCGUUUCGAGCGUAGCCCAACGUUCACAAAGGAUGAAAAUCAAAUUCCAAUUUACAACGCGCCCCACACCACAAUCUCCACGACCUGGGCUAACGAACCUAACACCGCGGAAAACUUACCUAGUGCGACCAUUGUUAAAUCAACGGAUCAUGUCAUAUCACCUAUUCCUGGAAUACCCCCGGGUCUUCCUCCGCUAUUCCCUCCUUCGCUAUAUCCCUACCUUUAUUAUCCGGUUAUCCCGUCGAUCACCCUCAAAGAAAGCCCGGUGGUCCCUUCAUCUGGAAAGCCGGCCCCGUCCACAGAUUCGAACCUCGAAAACGAUUGCAAAACUCAACUUCAAGAACUGUUGAACAGGGUCAAGCUUAAUGUCGACGGCGAUAUACAGACGAUGGCACGAGAUUGGACUGAAAAGGACUUCAAAAAUCGUCGAAGGUUGGUUCAGUUCAUGAGACGCGUGGAAGGCGAUGAAAUCAAUGUCUCAUUCAAAGCGGUAGACCCCGAAGAGCGGCCGAGGUACGGAAUAUUUGUAUCUUGCAUUUGGUGGGAGGCCAAGGAUGACUAUUAUAUCACAUCGGUUGAUUGCAUCUACCUGUUGGAAUGCCUGACGGGAAUAAGAUUAACCCAGGAUGAGAAGAAUCGUAUCCGAAGGAAUCUUGAAAUCUUUAAGCCACUGACGGUGGGCAAAAACAAACGAGACAGUGAAGACUUAUUCCGUGUGAUCAUGAGCUUCCCGAAUCCUAAGCCAAGAAACAUUGAGAAAGACGUUAAAGUGUUCCCUUGGUCGUGUGUAAUGUUGGCGUUGAAUAAAAUUCUGAGAAAAUACAUGAACGCCGGUGGUAAUGGUCAAUGUUACAAUGGCGGUAAUAAAUUUGCGGAGGGCGAAAAUAAAUUGAAUCUAUCUUCUUUACAAGGCAAUCAAUCCGUGGAUAGUGUUGGUCAAACAUUCGGUGGAUGCGCUCCUUUAAAUAGUAGUCAAUUUUUUGGAACAGGAUUUCAUCUUCGAGAAAAUAGUCUUGCCAUAGGAUGUCGUCAAUAA